UUUUUUUUUUUUCUACUUUUUCUUUCAAAAGUUUUUUUUUUGAUUUUCAUUUCUUUUUCUUUCUUCUCUUUCUUCUUUUUCUGAUUUUCCUUACUUGGAUACUUUUACUUUAUAUAUAUUAAUGUCAGAUGAUAACAAUAGAUUAACACCUCACUAUGAUGAUAGCGUGUUGACUAUCACUGGUAUUGCUUCACAGUUAGGUAUCAACGUAGCUAUUGCUUUACUUGUUUUAAUGAUAUUUACCAUAUUACGACCAAAUAAUUCAUUGGUAUAUGCACCCAAAUACAAAUACUCAACCAACACGAAACGACCUCCUGCUAUUGGUCAUGGUUACUUCACCUGGUUUAAAAUCAUCAAAAACACUCCUGAUGAAGUUCUAUUGGAAAAGAUUGGUUACGAUGCUGUCUUAUUUAUUGCUUUCAUCCGCAUGCUACGAAAACUUUUAUUCAUCAUGACUAUUGUAGGUGUUUGUUUGUUGAUUCCCUUGAAUGUGUUGGCAAAUCGAUUUACAGGACCUUGGCCUCCAGAGCUCAGUGUGGACGUUUUAUCAUUUGCAACCAUCAAUACAGCCGAAGAUGAAUCACGAAUCAACUUGUCAUGGUAUUGGAUUCAUUGCAUCGGUACGUGGGGCUUCUCUUUACUGAUCUAUUAUCAUCUAUUCAUUCAUUAUCACAAAUACCUACGUUUUCGACAACAUUAUUUCGCUAGUCCUGAAUACCAAAGGUCUCCUCAUGCACGUACCUUGAUUAUAUUCAACGUCCCUUCAGCAAUGCAAUCUGAUGAAGCUCUGGCAAGUUGGGUGAAAAGAAUGAAUCUCAAAUAUCCAGUAGAACAAGUCUGCAUUGGUCGUCGCAAUAAUACACUGGCCAAAUACGUAGAAGAACACGAAGAAGCUGUUCGAAAAUUAGAAAUUAUAUUAUCACAGUAUCUGGAAGAAGAGGACAAAAUUGACGCAAUAACGAACAAUAAAAAGCGACCUCAGAUACGACUGGGUGGAUUCAUGGGUUGUUGUGGUGGACGAAAAGUGGAUGCAAUUGAAUACUAUACCGAAAGAAUACGAACUUUACGUGAUGAUAUCAACAAGAUUCGAACUAACAUUGACGCCAACAAACCAACAAAUUAUGGAUGGAUCUCUUUUUCAAAUGUUGCCUGGGCUCAUUCAACAGCAAAACACUUGGCAUCACCAGCGGCAUCACAUUUACUACGUCUUCCAGAACGAUUGCUCAAAGGCGAAACUCAUCAUCAACUUCCUCGCGUAGAACUGGCGCCUCAACCCAAGGAUAUUUUAUGGAACAAUCUUUCUCUCAACGAACAUGUCCGACGAUCUAAGCGUAUUGUUGUCACUGUGUUGUAUUAUGCAUUUGUCUUCUUUUGGUUUAUCCCUUCAAGUCUUUUAUCGGCAUCAUCCAACGUCAAGGACUUUAUCAAACUAUUUCCUAAUUCGGAUGUCUUUCUACAUGAACAUAGAACCUUUGUUGCCUUGUUGUCCUCUUGGUUUACUCCUUUAGUCAUGGCUGUUUUCUUUUUGAUUCUACCCAAAGUGAUGCGACUCCUUUCCAAACAUCAAGGUUACUUCACACAUACUUCUGUGGACCGUCAAAUUUUCGCCAAACUAUAUACCUUCUUUCUUAUUAACAAUCUUUUGGUAUUUACCGUUGCAUCAACUUUAAUGAAACUAUAUACUCAAAUCAAGAAUGCCGCUCAAGGUGGUCAAGUAUUGACUUUUGAAGGCUUUUUUAUUACCAUGGGUGAAAACUUGGUCUUGGUGGCAAAGAACCUUUCAGAUGUUUCUAACUACUGGCUAAGCUAUGUGACAUUAAAAGGAUUGGGGGUUACCAUUGAUCUGGCUCAAAUCUUUGUGUUGUUGACAAUUACUCUCAGGAAACUGUUUACAAAACCAAGUCCACGUCAACUACAAGAGUUGACACGACCUUCACAAUUCGACUACCCUGUAUUUUACAACCUGUUGAUCUUUUUCUUCACUGUUGGUCUACUUUAUUCGGUGAUCUCGCCUUUGGUUCUUCCAUUCGCAAUGAUUUACUUUAUGUUAGCAACUAUGGUAUUCAAGUAUUUACUCAUGUACGUUUUUGUUACUGGUGUUGAAACUGGAGGACAGAUGUGGCGUAUUUUAUUCAAUCGAAUGAUCGUAUCAAUACUUCUUUUUCAAGUGGUCAUGAUUGGUAUAUUAAAACUCAAAGAUGCAGGUGGUCCUGCCUAUUCUUGUGUCCCUCUUCCCAUUUUUACUGCUCUCUUCAAGUUCUAUUGUCUUCGUCGUUUGGACCGUCAUGCAUAUUAUUAUAAGCCUGGUUUUGUGGAUGAUCUAUCAUUAUUCGGUCAAUCUCGCCCAACAAAUACGACUUUAACCACAACACAAUCAUCAACCCCUUCUUCCUCCUUUAUUAACGAUACGAAAUCUAUCAAUAAUAGCAGCAUCAAAUCAUUUUAUUCAUCGGAUAACAAAUCACAGCAUCAUCUGGCGAUUGGACAACGAUUUGGUGAUCCAGCCUUCUUUUCUGAAUUACCUAUUCCUAUGGUUCACGACAAGGUACGCCAUUUAUUACCCGGGUUAUAUGGGACACAAAGUCAGACACAACAGAAAACAGUUACAAGCAAGUUGACCCGACAAAAAAGCGUGCGACAUGUCUCAAUGAUUCAAUUACCUGGACAAGGAAUGCCAUUUCAAAGUAUCAAAGAAGAUGAAUUGGAAAAUGACGACUCUACAGAAGGAUUGAAGGGAUAUUAUAAAUUUGACGACGAUCAAGACGAUGACUAUCAUAAUGAAGAUACCAAUCCUAACAGCAACUACAAUCAGAAUUAUGCGACACCAGUUGACGCAACAACAGUUGGUGCACUUGCGGUUGGAAAUGAAGAAGCGACAAAAACAUCAUCGGAUUACAAACCAUUAUCGAAACUUCCUGCGUCUCAAUUAUCACCCAAAAGAAAAAGUAUGCUAGGAUCUUUAUUCAAGGAAUCACCAUCAACAUUGUUAACAGGAGCAACACGAUCGGCAAAGAUGGAUCCAUAUUCAGCAACAAGACCCUUGAUGAUGGACGACGAUAACUUUUCCUAUACUACGCAUGCUACAACAAAAAAUAAAUCCACGGAUUCCAUACAUACGAUACACACACCUGCAAGACUGCAUGGACAGACAAUUCGACAAGAAACACAGUAUUAUCCAGAUGUGAUUGAAAUGUCCCCUUUUGAUCAAGAACAAGCUUUUCAUUCAAACCAAGCAAUACAGCAACAAUCACAUCAACAGAACAGCCCAUACUACUAUCCAUAAAAAUAUAUCAAUUGUACAAACAACCCUUUAUCAAUAUACAUAACCAUCAUCUUCAAUAUAUACAACUCUCAAGGACAACACAAAUGUUUUACCCUUUGAUCUCUAUUCUCUAAUCAUAUUAAUAUUUACCCUUCCCCAUUAUAUACUGUUUCUUUUUUAUGAUUAGCCUUAGACUAGAUUACACAAUUAUUAUUUUUUUUUUUACGUAUUUCAUCUUCUGAUUUGACCUUGGAUAGAUAGAUUUUCCCCGAUUCUCAUUUAUAAACAUAUUUAACUGGUUUGAAUAAAAUGCCACUGGAUGGACACAUACCUGGAUUCUGAUUCUCAACAUUCAUCGGUUAGACGGGUGUACAACAAGAUUGACUGGAUAAGGUUAUUAAAAGGAUUGAAUAUAGGAAGUAAGUUAAUUAUACAAAGUGUCAAUUUGUAGGUUUGGCUGUCUUCUCUCUUAUCUCUACUUUAUUUUGCAAUGGAGAAUUAUUAUUAUUAUUUUUUUUUUU